AUGUCUGAACAUAUUCCUGCUUGGAAAAGAGCCGGGCUCAGCCAGCAGAAAUCCAAAGAAUCCUAUGAUCCCGUCAAGGCGGGGCUGAAACGGUCGGAGAACGGCGAAGAUACUGGACCCAAGAAACCGCCCAAGCGAGUUAAAGUGCCCAAGGCAGAGAGAAAGUCCCCUCCUGAAGCAGAUCAGCUGGCCUACCUUCGACAGUAUCACGAGGAUCGAUCCAAUUGGAAAUUCUCCAAACAAAAGCAAAACUGGAUCAUCAAAAACGUGUUUACGAUUGACAAAAAAUACGAAUCUGCGUUGAUUGAGUACGUCGCUUCUAUCGAAGGUGCGUCCAAACAACGGAUCUUGGAGGACUGUGAAAAAUCGAUCGAAGAGUGGAACGAGUAUAUGAGCAGAGAGGAGCAGGAAAAAGACGACAAGACUGAUAAACUAGAGAAAACUAAGGACGAAAAUACCGAUAAAGCUGCUGUUGAAAACGACCAAGCCGACGCGGAAAACAAUAAAAAGGAAAACGAGACCACGGAGACCGAUGAGACCGCCAAAGACGCCGAGCCGCCCAAGGGCAUUCUUAAAAACAAACCUGCAAAGCCAGAGCCCGACACACCGGCGCCGCCAAAGGAGGCGACAGCUGUCCGGGCCCAGAAAAUUGUCGAGGCAAUAACGGGGUCUAAGCCCACAUUACAAUAUGUAGAAUAG